AUGGAUUUGUUCAGUGAUGAAAGUGAUAAUGAAAUGUAUGAGAUAGGUGUUUUUGAUUCCGGAGGUAUUGUAGAUACUGAAAAUCGCCGACUUUAUAAUCGAAUAAAUUACAGAAGUGAAUUUUCUGACUCUGAAUUUACAUAUAGAUUUAGAUUAAAUAAAACGUCCGUGGAUGAGUUAUUAUUGAAAAUAACACCAUCCUUAAAAGUAAUUUCUUCAAGGAAUAAAGGAAUAUCGUCGUUACAUCAGUUGUUGCUGACCUUGAGAUUUUAUGCACUGGGAACAAUGCUUUUAUCAAUAGCGGACUUUAUUGGUGUAUCGAAAGCUUCAGCCAGCCGAAUUGUGCAUCAUGUAUCUCGGGCUAUAGCUGGCUUAUACCCUCAAUAUGUGAAGACAUUAAGCAAUACCCAGAAUGCCUUUCAUGAAAUCGCAGGAUUUCCAAGAAUUCUUGGCGCAAUUGACUGCACGCAUGUUCCCAUACAGUCACCUGGUUAG